AUGCCGCUGCUCCUGGCCAACCUCAGAGGAGGAGGAGGGGGAGCUCACAGAGACUUGGAUGAGUUCUGGGUUGUUAGCUGCCGUCAGCUGGGCUCCUGGGAGCCUGUUCCUGGGGCGUCUGGCAAAGGGACCAGCGGCUUCCUGAGACUCAACAUGACACUUCUGGGGUCUGAGCACUCUUUGUUGAUUAGAAGCAAGUUCAGAUCAGUUUUACAGUUACGACUUCAACAGAGAAGGACCCAGGAGCAGCUGGCUAACCAAGGCAUAAUACCACCACUGAAAAGUCCAACGGAAUUCCAUGAGCAAAGAAAAAAUUUGGAUAGUGACAAGACUGAAAAUUCCCUGAAGCGCAAAGGUAGAAACAGGUCUGACCCGGCCCACUUGGUUAAUAUGCACAUACUCCAAGCCUCCACUGCAGAGAGAUCCAUCCCAACUGCUCAAAUGAAGCUGAAAAGAGCCCGCCUCGCAGAUGAUCUCAAUGAAAAGAUUGCUCUCCGCCCAGGGCCUCUGGAACUGGUGGAAAAGAACAUACUCCCCGUGGAUUCUGCUGUCAAACAAGCCAUAAAAGGUAGUUAGCACCAAUAGCAUGCCUGUCCCUGGU